AUGGAAGAAACACCCACCAUACUACUUCUCCUUACCCUCACCAUCACUCUCCUUCUUUUUCCCACCACCAUAUCCACCGAACCUCUCUUCUCCGCCGCCGCACAAACCCUAACCGACUCCGGCUUCCUCUCCAUGGGCCUCACCCUCCGCCUGGCCUCUCCUACUCUCCGCCUCCCCUCCCCCGCCACCACCGCCACCAUCUUCAUCCCCUCCGACGCCGCCUUCCUCCGCUCAGGCUCACUUCCCCUCUCUCUCCUCCAAUACCACAUCCUCCCAGCCAGGCUCCCACUCCAACACCUCACCACUCUCCCUCCCUCCACUCCCUUACCCACACUCCUCCCCGAUUCCUCACUCACCGUCACCGCAUCCUCCCUCUCCCCUCCACAACUCUCCAUCAACAACGUUACCGUCUCCAACACCGCCGUCUUCGACGACGGCUCCCUCCUCAUGCUCGCAGUCGAUGAUUUCUUCAAUUCCUCUUCCCUCCUCCUCCUCCUCCCCGAAUCUGCUGUUCCCCUUAACACCGAACCUCUCGCCGCAGUUUCUGAUGUCUUGAGAUCCAACGGCUGCUCCAUAAUGGCCACGUUUCUCGAGACUCAGGUGGCGGAGUUCAACGACGGGACGAAGCUCACGGUCUUCGCGCCGGUCGACGUGGCGGUUGCGGAGAACGUGAGGAACAUCGGUAAUUACUCGGCGAUUUUCCGGAAGCACGUUGUUCCGAGGUUGAUUCCGUGGCUGGAUUUGACUAGCCUUCGAGAUGAGACUCUGUUGCCGACUUUCUCCGACGGGUUUGUUAUCAGAGUAACUGUCUCUCCUAGCGUUUGCGAGCUCAACGGCGUGCCAGUUAAGUUUCCGGACAUGUAUCGCGGUGAUCUCCUCGUCGUUCAUGGCGUCGAUGGCUUGCUCGAUAACAGCACAGUGUAA